AUGAUAACGACAAGAGAAAAAAGUCACAUACCAGUUGCGUACCAAAAUGGAAGACACCGGGCUGAGAAGGACCCAUCGCGCUUGCGCCCCUUACGUAAGAAGGUUAAAUGCCCUGGAGAGCGUCCGAUAUGCUCGUUCUGUCAGCGUCUAGGGCAAGCUUGCGAGUACAAGGCCGUCGAGACCUUUUCUCCACAAGAGAUUCAGAAUCAGAUUUCGGGAAUUAAUGACCGCAUUGAUACGCUGGAAAAUAAAAUGGACCAGAUAUUACAAACACUUAGUCAUCUUAACCCGAACGCUACAUCCCCUGGGGUAUCACAGGUUGGCGCUUCCGUUCCGAAUACCAUACAGCCUCAAUCCAUCACGCCAGCACAGGAGCAACGUAUCUCUGAACCAUCAAACUCAGAAGAUCAGGAACUACUCAGAGCAGGCCAACUCUACCAGACUUGGUGUCACAAUCAACCCGUCCAUAUGUUUCGACAAGAGGACUUCCUCGAUACUCUGAAGCAUCGCGAUACGGAGCUACAACUUGCUGUCAAAAUGCUCACUUAUCGGUUCCCUCCGAGACAGAUCAGCGCUGACAUGAAUGCCACGCUAUGUCUUUUAUCUGCGUCAUGUCGGAAGUUGGUGACGGACCGUUUUUACGAUGGCAAGAUAAGACUUUCGACGCUACAGACUCUCUGUCUCCUCAGCAUGAUCAGCUUCUCGGAAGGAUAUGUGAUGCAAGCUGGCCUGGACCUCGAUAUGGCGAAUUACUUUGCCAAUGGACUACCCCUUGGUUCAAGUCUAGGAGAUCCUUUCGAAUAUUCUCUAUGCAUUCAAGCUAUCUCGUUACUGCAGAACUUACAGGGAUCCAUCCCAGAUGUUGCAAAACCUGCUAAUAUUCAAGGGACUCUCCAGAGUGCCAAUCAUCUUCUGGAACUUAUCAACCACCGUGCAGAAAGGUUUUCAUUAUCACGCGAGCCCAGCUUGCAAACAGAACCAAAUGAUAAUCAAGGUAUUUUGGCAUACAUGUCACAAGCUGCCAAGGUCUGGCAUUUGGCAAGGGCAUAUGCAGCGAUGAGAAUUGGACCAGAUAGCCCUCCACCUUGGAACCCACAGUCUGACUAUGCACUCGUCAAUUUACGUAACCUUGAGCUUGACUGCCGCUUCCCCCUUGUCUACCGCUUUGCUACCAAUAACUUCGGCGAAGCUCCACCGGAGGAACUACAGCAGCGUCGAGAUUACUGGGGCCCGUGGAUAUUUAUCCAGUUCAUACACGCGGCUAUACCAACUCUGCUAAAUCAUCCGUUCCUCUUAUCUCUCCGACUGAAGAACUUUCGGCAUAUGAUCCCUCAGACAUUUAUGUAUCAGUCAUUUGAUCUUAUCUCGAAACAUACAGCCUGGACUAUCUGCUACCUCGAUUUGCUGGAACAGCAGCAGUUUGAGAUAACGGACCCUACGAUAGCACAUGCGGUUGUCAUAGUUGCAACGAUCCAUCUACAGCACAGCUUUGUCGAGGAUAAUGUGCUGCGUACAAAAGCACAGCGUGGUUAUGACAAAUGCAUGCGGUUCUUGGACCAUAUGGGUUCCAAUUGGCCGGUUGUCUUCACUAUGACCCAGAAGCUCCGUAAAUUACAAGAUAGCAUAACCACUGUUCCAGCGACUAGCGGCGGGUCUGGUGACAAUCAGCGAUCAUGGUCCAUAGACGCGCAACUACUCUGGGAGAUCCUGAUCUACGAGAAGUCUGGGCACGACAACAGCUCUUCCGAUAAAUCGAUGUACGAUGAUAUUAUAACCUCGGAUACUGAGCAUAGCGAGCAAGACACGGGCGGAGGUUUCGCUAUAGUCGGCUCGGCAGGUAUUUCCGGUCACAAGGGAUCGCUGAGAGAAAUCUCGGCAUAUGCACCCCAAGACAAAGAUCCUUACGAGACAUUGGGUAACCUCGCUACUCCCAGCGGGAAUAGGCCUAGAAUGCAGGAAUCUAUCGCUGCCGCGUGGAUUGUGCAAGCCUCCAUGUUCAUGUCGGGACGCGAUCCGUUCCCGGCUGUGGAACCCGAUGCGCACCGGAUAUCUAGCCCUAGUCUGGGAGUGCCGAGACUGCUUGAUUUGGGUAUGCAAGCCAAACUUCUUCUGUCCCCAUCGGCCUUCUUUCCAGUCACAGCUUAUCGUUCCAAGAUGCAUAUCCAAGAUAUCACUGUGUUUAGCUACGAUGCCAACUACCGAUACGGCACAUACUCCAUGUCACACAGCCGCUUAGCCAAGGGCCACAAGUCCCUCGUCGUCAGGAUCCGCUCCAACGACGGCUUUGAGGGUUGGGCCGAAACUGCGCCUCUUGGUAGUGACUAUCUCCCAAGUUCAUUCACCGGUGAACUAGCAGCCAUACAAGAGCUCGGUCCCCAACUCUUGGGCCUGGACCCGAGAUCACCUGCAGCUAUCGACGAUGUUAUGGAUCGUGCGAUGAUGGGUGCUUAUGCAGCAAAAGCGGUCAUUGAUAUGGCUUGCUGGGAUAUUCUCGGAAAGUCUCUUGGUUUGCCAACAGCGAUUCUUUUCGGCGGAUAUCUUACCGAGAGACCGAGGGCCUUUUCUGUUAUCGGCAUCCGAGAGACAGAAGCUGCUGUGACUCAGGCGAAAGACGAGUUCGGGAAGGGCGCGACUACGAUGCAGCUCAAGGCUGGAGAUAAUCCCCUUGUUGAUGCGCAGCGGGUUAGAGCUAUUCGCGCUGCUUUACCAGAUCAUGUUGUGCUCUGGGUCGAUGCAAACGGUGGCUGGACUCUAGACGAGGCAUUAAGUUUUGCCCGCACCAUCGGGCAAGAGAUUGCUAUUGGAGUUGAGCAGCCCUGCCGUACACUUCACGACUGCGCGGAGUUCGGUCGUCGCACAGGUCUACCAAUUACACUCGACGAGAGUAUCGUCACGUUAGCUGAUCUCUUUGAAGCUCAUGCAGCUGGUAUAACAGGCGUGAACAUCAAGCCAUCUCGUGUCGGUGGACUUACAAAGGCCCGGCUCAUUCGCGAUGCGGCUGUUGCGCUCGACAUGGUCAUAAACUGCGAUGAUACCUGGGGUUCUGCUUUAACGACGGCUCAGAACGUUCUGUUGGCUACUACUACCCCGAGCCAUCGUUUGCGCGCUGUAGAUUUGUUUUGUGAAUGGACGGAGCCGCUUAUUGCUGAUAUUCCGAGGAUGGAAGAAGAUGGGAGAAUCACGCCUAGCACUGAGCCUGGAAAUGGUUAUACGGCUAUUGUUAUGGAUAUGCUAGGGGAACCGUUGGCUUAUAUUACUUCUAAGUAGUAGUUGGUCAAGAAGCUUAAGAGUUGCUAGGAUCUUAAGUCUAUAUAGUCUACCUUACUUCCAUACGCUAGCAAAGAGUUUAAAGGUUCAAAAUUCAAUCACUUACUUAA